UAUUCUGUUUUAUUUGCAGAUUCAUUUUGUUCAUUAUGGACGCAAUUUUGAAUUUUGAUGUGAAAGAUCUGGAAGAUUUCUAUGAUGUUUUGGGAUGUGCCCCGGAUAGCUCGUUGGAGCAAAUUUUGGCGGAGUACAAAAUAAGAGCAAGGGAACUGCAUCCAGACAAAAAUGCCGGCAAAGCGGCUAAGGAGAAAUUCCAAAAGUUGCAAGAAGCGAAAGACGUCUUGAGUGAUCCGGAAAGACGUGAUAAUUAUGACAAAUGGAAAUCUUCCGGAUUAGCCAUACCAUUUAAGGAAUGGUACGCCAUGAAAAGAAAAACACAUUCGGGCAUGCAUUGGGCUCCAGCUAAACUACAGAAAGGGAUGAUAGAACCUGCUAAAGAAGAAGCUGAUGAAUUUGCAGUGAAAAAUGAGGUGAACAUUACAUGGACGAGGGACGAACGUUCAAGAAAAUUUCAGAGCUACAUGUUCUAA